AUGUCAGGUCGUGGUAAAGGAGGAAAGGGACUUGGAAAGGGAGGCGCUAAGCGUCAUCGAAAAGUUUUGAGGGAUAAUAUCCAAGGAAUUACCAAACCGGCAAUCCGUCGAUUGGCACGUCGUGGUGGAGUGAAACGUAUUUCCGGACUCAUUUACGAGGAGACUCGAGGUGUUCUGAAAGUCUUCCUUGAAAAUGUGAUCCGCGACGCGGUAACUUAUUGCGAACACGCCAAGAGAAAGACUGUCACAGCCAUGGACGUCGUCUAUGCGUUGAAACGCCAAGGACGUACUCUUUACGGAUUUGGUGGCUAAACAACAUCUGGCAAAAUGCAGUGAAAACAACAAACAAAC